AUGGGAAACAGUGGAAUUCUCCAACUCUCCCAUUAUUCUCACAGUGAUAAGAAACCACUUUUUGUCGCACCCCCUGGCUUUCAUCCGAAUGCUACGUUUUUUGGCAUGCAAAAAGAGCUUGAGAUACUACACAACCGCCUCUUCAAAGCCAAGGCACGUGCAAAUCGGGCCAUGGCUGUGUUGGUCUCUGGCGUUCCAGGCUCCGGAAAGACACAUCUAGCACGGCAGUAUGUGUUCACCCAACGUGACUGCUAUCCAGGCGGAAUCUUUUGGAUUGAUGCCAAGACUCGCGACGCCGCAGACAAAUGCUUCUGGGAGAUCGCAGUCGCCGCCACUUUAACCGAUAACAAGGAGACUACGGUCACUGAGUAUCAGCAGGCACCGACUUACGUGGCUGAAGUUCGUAAAUGGCUUCAAAACCGCCAAGAUUGGCUUUUAGUUUUUGACGGAGUUACCUUCGAUAACGAUUUCGACAUCAACAGUUUCAAGGACUUUUUACCGUGGAACAAGCAGUGCAGCAUCAUAUAUACCUCAGUUGACACAACACUACGGAAAAAGCAGCGAUUAUACGAGCCGUACUGUUUGAUGAUUUCCCCAUUGCAUGUUGAGGAUGCUUGCAAGCUUUUGUUCAAAGAUCUUGGAAUCACGCGACCUACCCACGAACAAAUCGCAAAGGCAACUCGAAUAGUUGAGCACUACGAGUGUCUUCCUUUGGCAAUCCACGCAAUUGGCCAUCGUCUCAAUGCGACGGGCAAACCAAUCGAAAAAUAUCAUGUAAAAACCCAAGUGACAUACGAGAAGCUCGCAGAGCCAUUUUUGAGCAUCAUGAAUGAUCUACUUCGCUUGAAUCACAAACAGGCCCUUCACCUAAUCAACCUCCUCUCAUUUCUCGGACACCAGGUGCCAGUGGGCCUGCUGAACCUAGGACGGGGCAUUAUGGCUGCUCAGAAUUUGGAUAUUCAGACCAGUGCCCAAAAGGGAGAGGAUCCUGAUCUCGAUACCACACUUGGAAUUCUCAUCCACUAUGGGUUGAUUGAGAGAACCUCAGAUGCAGGCGUCUUUCAGCAGAGGUCGUCCACUCAAAAUUCCGAUGGCGAUGAGAUGAACUUGGAUACAAAGACUACCCCAGAUCUCUCAGAAUCUUUGACAGAAAGUAGUCAGGAAGAAUUCUUCUCCAAUUAUCGACACAAUUCAGCAGUUGACGUUAUCAAGAUCCAUAGCGUGGUGCAAGGGUUCUGCCGUGAUGAACUGCGAAUCAGGGAUGAGGAGCAAAAGGAGUCUAUGAACAAGGACGAUCCGGGGUUCUUCGACACUUGGUUGAUUGUUGCCACUCGGUUUCUCAUUCGGUCAUAUGAAGUAGCCAAAGAAAGGAUGAAGAACUAUCCGGAUUGUGGUCUUGUUCGAGACUAUCGAGAGUAUGAAACCCAUGCUUCCCGACUGGCGGAGCUUUUCCCAAAAAAGCAUUCAAUGAAUCUUCAUGCUUCAAUCCUUCGAGAGACACGAGAAAACUUACGCUCAUUGACCAAAAGCAUAAGCCAGCAGAUUGAGAAUAUAUCCCCAACCUCAUCCCUGCACUCCAUUCGACACCAAAAGUCAGUGUUUGACCGGUCAAGCAGCUCUUCGUCCUCAUAUCGGGAGUCGUCUGCAGAAGGGGGUCUAUCUCGACAAUCUACUUUCAACUUCAGCGAUAUAGGGUCGGCACGGGCGGAAUCCCCCGAACAGAUGGCCGUGCCACCUCCUCGCUUCAGAUUGGAGCUUUUCCCACCCCAUAUAUUCAGAAUGGCGGGGAACGAAUCUGAAGAGGGCUAUGAAACAGACGGAGAAGCAAAAAGUGGACUUCUAAUCUCUCCGGCAUUGUCGCAAAUUAGCCAAACUACAGUCGAACCUAAUCCGCCUCCUCUACCAUCGAGCCCACCAGGUCUCUCUGCUCUGUCGGGGUGGCAAAUAGUCAACCGACACCAGAAGCAAAAUCCUCCCAAAGAGCGACAAUCAAAGAGAAGAGGGAAGGGCGCCGAACAAGGCAACAGACGACUAAGAGAUACUAGACCCGAUACGCCAUUGGUCGAAGUGUCUUCUAUCCAAGGACAUGGCUCAUCAAGCCGCAAACCCUCUUUCGAAGAAGAAAGCGGCUCAAUACUAGCCUCAGAGGCCGAAAGAUUACUGGCUGCAGUGCGCCGAUCUAGUAGAUCUCAAGCAUCAUCCGAAGUUCCAGAACCUACAGUCAUUUUGCCGAUGAACCAAGAGAUUCUUCCAACGUUGCCAUCAUAUGCAAGUGUAGCUAGUCGACGCAUAUUAGAAGUCGAGUCUGCGUUCAAGCGCCCAUCAUCGGUUCCGGUGACUCGUACGCUAGAUCACUCGAGCGGUCUGCAAAUGAAGCCUUCUGUGGAAUCUCUCGAUGACCAGCCGGGCCAUAAUUUUGCCUCGCCUCUAUCUCACGAGUUGAAAUCUCACGAGUUACUCCUCGAACCUCUGAGUAGUUCAACUUACAGUGAGCCUGGAAUUGAGUUCUCCGACCAACCAAUGAGUGAGGUGGACUUUUAUACGGCGCCUGGAUCUUAUGAUUCUCGACGUGCUUCUCUCCCACAGCUUGAGACCCCACGAAGCUUGUCUGCAAGCGUUCCUGCUCUUAUUUCAUACCCUCCACCGCUACCAUACGAAGAGGACAUUUCGGUCACCCGUCCAAGACGCAGAAGAUCAGCUCAACUUGUGUCAGGCUCUAUAACACCCUCUCAUCCAUCUGCAAUAAUGCCUGGUGCAUUACCGCUUCCAUCCGAUCUCAACAUAGUAAUGGGCUCUGCCCCAGAGCGGCCUCUAUCAGUUCCGCUUUCCCGUGGCUCCUCUGGAUUCUCUCAUCAAUCGUGGGCGACAGAGCCGGUACGGUAUCCACCACGGUUCUCGCCUAUUCCCAGUUUCACACAACCUCCGGAGGUUGUACCAAACACAUUGACAAGCAUGCAGCAAGAACAGCAACAACAACUUGCGGGGACCGGUGGUUGGACAAACGAUCUAUCUAUAGCGGGCAGUGCCCUCCAGUCAGAUCCGGCUUAUCUCGUACCACCACCACGUGGACGUCUGAACUCGAUGGACGAGCGACUGAACUUUAUAGACCUGGGCUGGGACCCGGAAUAUGGCACUGCACAAUAUCUAAAUACUGUCGGACAUCGGGUUGAUGUCCGGGAUCCGCGCCAGAGGCUGCAUGAAUCUUCUCGGCUUCAGGCCCCACAGUAUCAACUAUAUCAUCCCAAUUUGUCUGGCCCUUUGAUUCAGCAUGACGGUCAUCUAUAUGCCCCCGCCCCCCCGUUGGAGGUAUAUAAGACCCGUCCGCGGAGUGGGAGCUCACCUUCACAUGCAAAUUACGCUGGGUUGGGUGUGCGAUUUCCAUGA